AUGUGGCGCGAGUUUUUUAUCCACCUUACUGAAAUAAUGAGAGUUCUGAGAAAUGUUGAAGCUGUCGGUGGGGAAAAUCUGAAGGGAAAACUAAGGUUGCAGCCUAUGAAAAAUCUCUGGAACGAAUGGGAGAUCCACUGCUUAAUACUCACGAGCUUGGCCUUACAGUUCCUCCUCUUCUUCACAGCAGGCAUGCGGAGGCGCAUGACAUCACGCGUCCUCGGUUCCUUCCUCUGGCUGGCCUAUGUGUCGGCCGACUCCGUGGCCAUCUUCAUCCUCGGCCAUCUCGCUGUCCGUUCACGGCACGAGCUCAUUGUCUUCUGGGCGCCAUUCUUGCUUGUCCAUCUGGGCGGGCAGGACACCAUCACUGCCCUCUCCAUGCAGGACAACGAGUUGUGGAAGCGCCACCUCUUGGGCCUCAUCUCCCAGGUAGCGGUGGCUGGCUAUGUCGUGUCCAAGUCGUCUUGGACGGACAUGCAUUUGUUGGCUGCUACUGUGCUUGUUUUCCUCUCUGGGAGCCUCAAGUACGCCGGCCGUACCUACUGCCUUUACUCAGCAAGCCCAACAAAUCUCAAGGUUGAGUCCCUGCACAGGUUGUCAAAUAGGCUAACCAUGCUCGAGUCAACAGCUGCACAAGUAGGAGGAUAUGCAGGAACAUCAAGAGAGGAUGCCAUUGGGUUGUUGGGUGCCAAAUUUGAUUUGAUGCUUGGUGAGACGAAUAAGAGAUUGUUUCUAAAGGAUGAUAAUGCUACAGAAAUCAUGUCAGUGGAUGCUCCUCUCAUUGAAAUGGGAAGCGUUUUAGCAGUAAAUGAGCUGCCAGGCAUGCUAGGGAUGAUUAAAUCAAGCAGCCUGCACGGGCCCUAUGAGUAUGUGGGCAGACAACUGGCAAAAUGUUAUGAGCAGUUCUACACAAAAAAACCACUUUUACGUUUCUGUAAGAUAGGUGGCAUUAUUAUUUUUACGGGUCGUACAAGUUUCGGUGUUGCAAACCAGUAUCAUUGGGUGAGCGUUCUCUGGUUGGUAGCCUCAUUGUUCCAGUAUCUUUCAACCCCGAUAGCCCUAGUGCUGUUCAUCCUCGCUGAAAAGGGGCACCCAAUCAAUAAUAGAGUUGAUGUCACCGUGUCCUACAUAUUGCUCAUCGGAGCCAUCAUCCUAGAUGUGUCAUCUGCCUCCAUGUCCAUUCUUUCAUCUGCGAGGUCUGUCCAUUUCCGAGGUAUGGAUUUGAUUAAAGGGGUGAUCUUGACUUUGGCUAACUACAUUCAGCCAGCAUGGAGCAGAAAACAAUGGUCAGAGAAGUUAGCGCAAUAUAACAUGCUCAAGAGUUCUAUGGAAGAUGCUAGAGCCAUGCCAUGUGGGCGUCAAUGGAUCAGCAAGCAUUUGAGAUCCUGGAGUGUUGAGCUAUUGGAUCCAAGCCUAACAUACACAGAGGUCUCCGAAAAUCUCAAGGGGUUUGUCCUCAGUAAUUUGCUAAACUUUGGAACCAGGAGGCAAUAUAAUUAUGCCAAUUUCCGUGGCCAGCUAGCACUUCAAGAGUGGUGCGGCAAUAGAUCGAUGACGAUGGCUCUGCAUCAUAGCAUCAAUGAUAUGAGUGAUUUCCCCAGAAGCGUCCUCAUCUGGCACAUUGCAACAGGCAUCUGCUACUACCAUGAAAAUUCGACCAUUCACGGCUCCUCGGAUAAGAAGCUGAUGGGCAGAGAGCUGUCAAAUUAUAUAAUGUACCUUGUCUUCAAGUGUGGCGUGCUGCUUACUACUGCCUCCCAGCUUGUUCAUAACAAAGUUCAGGAUGAACUGGAGGAAAUUCUUGCAGAUCAGCUACCACAGAUUGCUAAUAAUCUAGGGGAAGGAGAAGCUGUCAUGAUGGUGUUUCAGGGCAUGAAGAAUAAACAACCACCGCCCAUGAUGAAUGAGGAGCAGGAACAACCAUUCCACAAAGAUGAUGAUGCCUCUAGUGUUCUGAAGAAACUCCUGAAAAACACCGCAGCAGCUAUGUAUUCUCCAGUACUGCCUGGUGCAUCUAAGGUGGCUGAGGAGCUCAUGGGUAUUCAUGACCAAGGUGAGCGAUGGGAACUCAUUGCUGCGGUGUGGUCGGAGAUGCUUUACUACACCGCGCCGCGUUGUGGGGCUGCAUUCCAUUAUCAGCAUCUCAGCACAGGCGGGGAGUUCAUCACGCAUGUCCUUCUCCUCAUGCGUUCUCUAUGCCCUUUUCUACCAGAAGGUGACAAUUCAGCUCCCGUCUGA